GGCCACUGCCCCGGCCUGGGAGGCUGGAGCCUAGAGGUUCCAGCUUCCUCUGUGCGCGACCUUAACGAAGUCACUCUUUACUGGAGCUCAGUUUCCCUGCUGUCAAGUACAGGUUGGGUCCCUCCAGCCUUUUGACAGUCCAAGCAAGGGCGUGGCUGUCUGGAGGGAGACUGAGGGGAUGGGAUCCAAACUGUGAGGUGGCAGGAACCUGAAGCUUGUCUUUCACUCAACUUUGCUGUCGUCUUUCUGAGUGCGAAUCAAGGCUCCGGGACCAGACAUAACUUAGGGUCUGGCCAGGGCAGAAUGCUUUGACUUCCAGACUGUUUUAAAUCUAGUAGAUGAGAUAGGUAAUGUGUUGUCAUAAGUCCAUGGCCCACAUUUAAGUGGGAAUGCAGCUAGCUCGGAUGUGUGAACCUUUUUAGGCACUCCUGUCUGAAUCCCAGUUAUUGAGGACUGCUGCGUUAGUUCAGAGUUGGUCCUCCAUGCAGGAUAGCCACACAGCAAAAAUGUUUGCAAAACUAAAGAAGAAAAUUGCGGAAGAGACUGCAGUCGCUCAGAGGCCAGGAGGUGCUACAAGGAUCUCACGGUCUGUGAGCAAGGAAUCAGUUGCUUCUAUGGGAGCUGACUCGGGAGAUGACUUUGCUGCCAAUGGAAGCAGCUCUAGAGAAGAUCUCUCAUCCCAGCUUCUGAGAAGAAAUGAACAGAUGCGGAAAUUAGAGGCCAAACUUUCUGACUAUGCUGAGCAGGUCCGAAACUUGCAGAAGAUAAAAGAGAAGCUUGAAAUUGCAUUAGAAAAACACCAGGAUUCUUCCAUGAGGAAAUUCCAAGAGCAGAAUGAGACAUUCCAAGCCAACAGAGCCAAAAUGGCAGAAGGACUGGCUUUGGCAUUAGCCAGAAAGGACCAGGAAUGGUCAGAAAAGAUGGAGCAGCUUGAAAAGGAAAAAAGGUUUCUGACAGCUCAGCUACAAGAAAUGAAGGACCAGAGUUUGAAUCUUUUCCAAAAAAGAGAUGAAAUUGAUGAAUUAGAGGGGUUCCAGCAACAGGAACUAAGUAAAAUAAAGCACAUGCUUUUGAAAAAAGAAGAAUGUCUGGGGAAAAUUGAGCAAGAGUUGGAGGCUCGAACCAGAGAACUUAAUCUCACUCAGGAGGAAUUAGUGACUUCCAAUCAGAUGUCAUCAGACCUAAGCCAGAGGCUAGAAGAAUUGAAGAGACACUGCUCAGCGCUGGAAGAACAGAGAGAUCAUGUGACAGCUUCAAAAACAGGUGCAGAGAAUAAGAUUAGAGCCCUGGAACAGAAGGAACAAGAGCUCCAAGCACUUACUCAGCGGCUUUCCACGGAUUUGCAAAAGGUCACUGCUGAAACUCAAGAGAAAGAGAAACUCAUUACACAUUUGCAAGAGAAGGUUGCAUCCUUGGAGAAGAGACUAGAACAGAACUUAUCAGGAGAAGAACAUGUACAAGAACUCCUGAAAGAGAAAACAGAAGCCGAGCAGAAUUUGGAAGAUGCCAGACAGCAACUCUUGGCAGCUAGAAGCAGCCAGGCCAAGGCCAUAAACAUUCUUGAGACUCGGGUGAAGGAGCUUGAGCAGAGCCUACAGGCCUCUGGGGAGCAGCUGAGGCAGAGCAGGGACACUAUAGCUGCCCAGGAAGCAUGGAUCCAGGAACUAACCACUGCAAACCAGGAAGGGACCCUUUCACAGCAGCAGGUUCUUGCCCUGGAGCAGCAGUGCAGGGAGCGUACCCAUGUGCUAGAGGCCCAGCUUGUUGCCCUGGAACAGGCUCGGGUGGCUGACCAGAGAGCCUCAGAGCACAGAAUGCAACAGCUGGAGCAAGAAAAUGCAGCCCUUAAAGAAAGCAGAAGUGAAUGUGAGCAUGCUUUACAAUAUCACCAAUUAGAACUAAGGAAACUAAAGGAAGAGUGGAGCCAAAGAGAAAUUAUGAGUGUGGCCAUGGCUCAAGCCCUGGAGGAGGUGCAAAAACAGAGGGAAGAGUUCCAGCAACAGGCUGCUGAGUUGGCAGCCAUAGUGGAGGAAAAGGAGCGGAACCUACAAGAGAAGGAUGAGGCACUUUUGCAGAAGGAACAGGAGCUUCGCCAGUGGGAGAAAGGUCAUGACUCUACCCUGCUGCAGAUGCACCAACUGGAGAGUGAGUUGGAGGCACUAAGGAACUGCAGAGCCAAGGAGGCAGCAGCAGCCAUGACACGGGAGGACCUGCUAAGGCUGCAGGACCAUGAGCCACUAGUGAGUGGCAUCUGUAAGCUGCAGCAGGAGGUCAUCUCAAAGGCCAUGCAGAACCCUGUGUACCAGCUUCUGGCUGCAGGUGGAACUCCAAAUGGUGAGGUUGAGGCCAUGGAUCUAGGGCAGCUACAGAAGGAAAAGCAGGACUUGGAGCAGCAACUUGUAGAGAAGAAUAAGAUCCUAAAACAGAUGCAGCAGAGGAUGGUGGAACUCAAGAAGACUCUGCAAAAGGAGCUGAAAAUCAGACCUGACAGUGAGCUUUUUGAAGUCCGGGAGAAGCCAGGCCCCGAGAUGCCAAACAUAGCCCCUUCUGUCACCAAUAAUGCUGACCUGACUGAUGCCCGCGAGAUCAACUUCGAAUACCUUAAACAUGUUGUUUUAAAAUUCAUGUCCUGCAGAGAAUCUGAGGCUUUUCAUCUUAUAAAAGCUGUGUCAGUGUUGCUAAACUUUUCAGAAGAGGAAGAGAACAUGCUAAGAGAAACUCUGGAAUACAAGAUGUCAUGGUUUGGAUCCAAACCAGCACCCAAGGGCAGCAUCCGGCCAUCCAUCUCCAAUCCUCGAAUACCAUGGUCCUAGAAGCAACCACUCAAGGAUGGAGCCCCAUGAGGUGAUACUUUCUGUGGAAAGAACACUGACACACCAGACUGGAUGGGUUUUUAAUCACUGUAACUGCAGUAUUUUGUACAAGCAUCAAAACAUUGUUUACAAGACUUAAGGCCCACCUCCCUACUGGCAGACAUGAGCCUCAGGAGGGGACCAAUCCUGUCAUUCUGGUCACCAAACAGGAGAGUCCUGGCACUAACCAGAUUUUCACAGUGCUGCUAAUAUCCCAGCUCUGCCCAGCUGCACCUGAAUCCUCUAAUUUUUAAUGUGAGCACUUAAGACUAAAGGGAUUGGCAUGUCAGGCAACAACUCAUCGUGUGGGGGUGCCAUGAUCCUGGAGGUGAGCACAGCCAACUCAAGUAUGGUCUCUCAUAGUCCUCUUCCAUCAUUGCGUUUGGGUUCAGAUAAGUUAGAAGAGACUAGUCCUUCCUCUCAAGAUGUUCAUUUCACCUAGUUUCUAAAAUCACCUAGAUCCUGAGAUGUGUACCUCUCUAACGUUCCUAGGUCCAGUGUGGAUUAGUGAGGAAUAUGCAGCUUUCUGACAUCAUCUCCAUUUUACUUAAGAAAACUAGCAAACAGACAAAAAGAUCUUAAAUAUAUAACCAAAUACACUCAAUUGCCUUUUUAAUGAAUGUACUUGUCUUGGAUGGGUUGCUGGUAAACCAUUUUAAACUAUUUUUUAUAACUAAAGUUCUUCACUAUUAUAAAUGUUUCCUGUAUUAUAAAAUCCAUUUAAUUGGUGUUCUUAGACAAAAGUCAGAGCAUCAAGAGGAAAAUAUUUCUAACACUGGGAUUCCUAUCCCUAUAAUUUUGCCAGCCUCCUGUGGCACCUGCUCUUGAAGCAGUGGUGGAGUUUCACUUGCUUUGCUCUUAUCACACUACCAUGGAGCAAAUGCUAAUCACUUUUUCUACAACCUGCUGAAUUCAACAAAAGCAGCAUCUGCUCAUUCUUCCCCAGCCUUGACCAUAACACUGGAGGUAGUCUGCCUGGUAUGGAGCUGCUCUCUCCCCCUCACCUGCCCUCGGUUAGACACUAUAUCCAUUACGUGGCAUCCAGACAGCCCCAAGCUGGCUGCCAUACUUGAUAGCACACAUGCCACAUGCCUCUGGUUGUAGUGAAUUUAAAAACUUGUGUUCAUUUUUACACUUUUUCUGGAUAAGCCACAUCUAGUUUAAAGGAAAACUGUUUAUUGAUUUAUAGUUUAACGGAAGUUUCACUGGUAAAUAAAAGACUGAAUUAAUAACAUGCUUCUAAAUUCAUUACCAAUUAUAUAUGUACUGUUUCUCAAUUGUACUUAAGAUAAAUAUAUAUGUGUGUACAUACAUGUCUCUCAGAAGUACAAAUAUUUGCAGUUUACUUUCUAAAUCUCCAUGACAUCCUAAUCCAGGAUGGCAUCACUGGGUUGCAGCUCAGGCUCUGCCUCCUAAUGAACUAUUCUUGUCACCUACCUCCUCAUGUGCCUCUUCCUUGCACAUGUUCCCUUUAGAAUGCCACUUCUCAUUUAGUGGGAACAUGAAACCAGAAUCCGUUUUCUGUGACUUUGAUGAGGAAAAGGUAUCUUCUCCACAGUGUAAGAUUUCCUCCUGUCCCAGGUAAAAACCCCAGAGGACUGAGUAGUCCAUGGCUCACCGAGACAGCUGCACCCCUCCCUGCAGAAGCUCCUCCAGCCCUUGAGCUGCCUCCACACACACACCACCACCACCACACACACACCACACACACACACACACACACACACGUGGGAUGUGAGGUGUGGCUUUGGGGCCCAUUAACCUACUCAUUGUACUCAUUUAGGGAGGAAUUCCUCUGGUUGGGCUUUGCUGCAUGUUGAGUUUCCUUCAGCAUUGAGAGGAAAGAGUGGAAUAGAUAUUGCAAGUGACUUAAUGCACUUUCACUUGUAUAAAAUUUUCUGUGAUUAAGAGACAUUAUAUAUAUAGCCCUUUAUAUGAACACUGGAUCUUGAUCUCACUCCCGAUGUUGUAAAUAGGGACUGUAUUAUUUAAAAACUACUGUAGAAAAUUUAUUUGUGGUGCAAUACUCUUUCUGAUUAAAGCUUUUCAAUCUAGAUGCAA